CUAUCAAAGACCUAUAUUCAGAAUGCCUUCAGCUAUUGAUCUGUCCCGCUAUAAAGAAACUAUUAUUUCUCAGUUUCAAAAUCAUAUAUCUGCAGAAUCUAUCGCAGAGUAUCUCUUAUUAACCCAUCAGGUAAAAGUAGCUGAAAAAACGAUCCGACGACGCCUUAUUGAAUGGGGAAUAAGUCGGCGUACUCCUUUGGUGGAUACUCCUAAACUCCGUAUCUAUAUUGCUGGAUUAUACUAUAACUUCUGUUUCUCUGACAAAGAUAUUCUUGAUGCUUUGGAGAAAGAGGGUUAUUCUAUUACCCCCCACAAUCUCAUUUUUCUACGUCGAAAGAUGGGAUUAAAAAAGGUCGAUCUGUUAAGCAGAGAAGAAGCCGAUAAGGCUCUUAUUGAAACUGUCCAACAAGAGUUAGACAAAGGUGAUAUUGAAGGUCUGGGACGUGGUUAUCUAUAUACAUACUUCCGGAUGCAUGGGCAUAAUAUUGCACGGUAUAGUUAAAUCUUGUAAAAGAGCUGUUUUUAAUUGAUACUAAUU